GGGUCAGCCCCUGCUUUCUCAUGAUAAGGAAGGCAGGGCCGAACUGCUGCUCUGCAAACAGCUCAACUCUUUGGAGGAGAGCGGGGCCGGCUGGAGCACAAUACGGGACGGAGCCUCUGUGGGAGAGCGACUGAAGAACAACGGGGCAGCCAAGGAGACCACAGAAAUACUCUUCCCCCAAAUCCCCAAGUCCGCACAGAGAGAGGAGACAAAGACGGUGCAGAGAGCAACAAAAGCAUUCUUUGCUUUCAGUCCUGCAUCAAAAGAAACAACAAAAAAAAAAAAAACAAUAAGCUGAGCAAGAUCAUUUUCCCUUGAGAACCAAAUUGAAGGACAAAGGCGUGACAGUUGCAUUUGUAAUCAGAUCAACAUCUCCAAAAAACAAGGUGAGGGCCGGAGGAGCUGUGCUGCAUGAAGGACAGAUCCGUCUGGAGGAAGACCAGCACAGAGACAGGAUGAGGACGAUCCAAACGCUGACCGUCACCUGGCUGCUGCUCUCACUGAGUAUCUGUUCAGAGAGCAGCGACGCUCCCCCCACAGAGUCACCUGAAACAAAGAAAGCAAUAAGUACUGCAGCUGGUGAGCCAGCAAGUACUGUACGCUCAGCAAGUGCCACAGGCUCAUCAGAAUCCAGUAAUCAGUCUGUCAAGCCAACAGGCGUGGCUCCAUCCACAGGAACAACGCAAACCACAGCAAUCGCCACCAAACCUCCCACUACUGCUGCGGCUGUGAUAACCACUAUUACAGCACAGUCAAACAGCGGUGCGCAGAUCUCAGUCAUGCCUACCACCAUUUCUGUUGCCAUCGCUCCUGCAACCACCGUCAGCACUGCCACCAGUGCCAACAGUGCCACCAGUGUCACCAGUGUCACCAGUGUCACCACCACCCCUACGACUGUCAUCUCUGCAUCGGCUAAUGAGUCUCCUGCCAGCGACAGCAGAACAGUGUUGACUACAUCUACUGAGUCCAGCAGAGGCGCUACGGCAUCGGCCUCCAAACCAAGUGAAAGUGCAGUGAAAACGACAACCAAAUCAGAUGUUCCUACAACUGGUGCAGCCGCAGAGGCAACGACUCAGAGGAGCCAAGCAACAUCGACGGCUGCAGGCAGCAACGAGGGCAGCAAUGCAGGUCCCACCACACAGACUAUGACCACACCUUCAAACUCCAACCAGGUCCCAGAGAGGAGCAUCACCUCCAGCCAAGCUCCGACUGUGAAAGACUCUCAUGUCAUCACUAAAAGCCUGACCACGACAGCCACAAUGUGGGCUGUGGGGACUGAGACAAACACUGAGACAUUUAUGUUUUCUGUGAGCGAUUUAGAGUCGACGAAAAACAAAACUCUGCUGCAAUUGUGCAAGAGCUUCAUGUCCAGCCUGCGUAACGGAACCUGCAUUGUUGCUCUGCAGAACAACGGGAGUAAGAUUGGCAGUUUGAUGAUUGAAGUCGAUGUCAAUCUAGUACAGGAGCAACUUUCAAAACUCAAUGCAGAAAAAAAACCUAAAGAAGAACCAACAGACAACAAAACCCUGACAGCCAUCCUGGCCUCAUGCGGAGCCCUGCUCAUCAUGAUCAUCAUCCUGGGAGUCUGCGUGUCCCAACGCCGCAAGCCGUACAACGAGAACCAGCUGCACCUGACUGAAGAGCUGCACACGGUAGAGAAUGGUUACCAUGACAACCCCACGCUGGAGGUGAUGGAGGCGCAGCCAGAGAUGCAGGAGAAGAAGAUGGCGCUGAACGGGGAAUUCAGCGACAGCUGGAUCGUCCCCAUCGACAACCUGAUGAAGGAGGAGGCGCCCGACGAGGAGGACACCCACCUGUGAGGACGAGGCGGCUGGACCCGGGUUCCACCCACUCCCACACCACAUCGCUGGAUUAAAUUGAAAAACUUCACCAAAUCAAUCACUAUCACAUUUUUCCAAACAUCUGCCAUUGCUGACAUUCUGCGCUCCCAGCCCUCCCUGUCAGUAUAUCAGUGAGUCUCUGACAAACAAUAAUGUUUUUUGAAAACCAGCUAGAAUGUCUUGCUCAUGUGCCGCCCAUUGUCACACGCCGCUCUGGGUGAAGAGCCACGCCUUGUCCGCGUGUCAAAAACCACCACUGCCCACUCACAUAAGCAUCCAUCACUUACCACACCUGUGAUUUACGAAAAGCAAUGGGAUGAAAAAGCCCGGAAACGUGGUUCUGUUCCCGGUCCGGCCGGGUAACCGUGUCUCUGAGCUCCUCAACUGGUCCAGAGUUUUAUCUUAGAUGAUCUCAGGAUACUUUAAAGCAUUCUGGUGAUCCAGGAGAAGGCUGAACAGAUACAGCUGAGUACUAACCUCUAGUCUGAGGAAGCCCAGCCUUACAGGCCUGGCAGAUCAGUAGGAGUCACAGAUUACUGGUAACAUCACAUGUGAAUAUUAUGCUUUUUAGCUCUUCAUUUAUUAUGUUUUCAAUCAAUUAAGGCAAAACUGAAUAUUUCAUCAUAUAUUUGAUGAAAUAUCUGCUCUCAUGCAGCAGGUGUUCAUACGUGGAAGUUGCCACAAAUAGAGGCUCGAUUGCCAACUAUUGCAAUGUCUGUUUGCCUGUGUUAUGUGUUUUGUCAGAUUAUUUGAUAAUUCAUUUGAAACUUCCAGGGUUUAAAAUUAUGAGCUCUGACAAUCAGAUCGUUUCAGUUGGAGCUUUGGAUGGGAUCGUUUUGUCGCACUGACAGACUGAGCUCCCAGAAACAUGCUUGAGGAAUUAACCAGUAAAAAAAAGAUGCAACUGAGCUGUUCAAUUAUUCACACAGGAUCAAGGUUAAAUAGAACACGUGUCAAACUCUCAUACAAAUGUAAAAUAUUACUUUGCACCUGCCACCUUCAGCUCCUGUUGGGUUUAAAUGAUCCUGUUAAGCUGCAACGUAACUUCAUCCAAUACUACAGAUGGAAACUAGAACAGCUUCCAACUCCACUCAGUCAUGAAUCUAAUGAUCUGUGUGGUGUGAUCAAGAAUGUGCUACAGCAACAAAAUGGAAAAAGAGACAAGACUGAAGAAAUAAAGAAUUGUGUUACAUCUAAAAUGAUAUGUGAUGGCGAUGCAGUGUCAGGACUAGUAGAUCCAUGGCCCUGUACCUCACAAAUUUCUGAGACGUGAUCCGGGUUACAUCCUGUUAGGAGGCAGAGCAGCGGAAGCCCCAGACCUUUUCUUUACUGGUUCUGGCCGUAUUCAGAUGUCGAUGUCUUAUUUUGCCCUACCCACUCAUGGAGAACCACUUGGUACCAUUCUUAGUUCAAACUGUUCUUCCUCUGUACCUAUUUUAGCUCAUAAGAGAAAAAGAUUUUUGUUCCAAAAGUGUCCAGAUGAUACUCAGUGAUGAUGAACUACUAAAAUGACUUCCAGGUUAUAACAUGGAGCCUCUAAUUAACUAUCUGGAGCUGUUCUCUUUUAAGAGUCACAAACUCAGAACGCAGAACGUUCUGAGAUUGUCAUCAGGGCAAAACCGGGGCAAAAAGUCGGGUAGUGAGAAUUGGGCUUUAAAUAAAGUGGAUAGUUCAAACUGAGGGUUCUGUUGAGCAGGCAGUGUCUCUCGGAAAACCUCCACUGCUAGCAGAACGCACCAGAGCCUGGACCCAAGUGGUCCAAUCAGGGCCAGAUUUAUACAACUCUACUGACACCAUGUCACAGUAGAUUCAUUGUGUAUUUACAAGUAAAAAUCAAUUACACAUUCAAUUAUUUGCAUAUGUUAGAAAAGCUCCAACUUACCAAGAAUCUGUACCCAAAUAAGAGUUUCAUGCAAAACAAAGUGAAAUGUGAUAAACUCAUCCAACCUGACGAAACGAUCCACGAAUGUAUGUACGAACAAACUACUAAAAUGUCAGUGGUUUGACUAAAUACCAUCUUAUUGAAUUCAUUUCUGAUAGUCCAGAAAGUGCAUGAAGAACUCCUUCAUGAACAUAACUAAAGCUGCACAAUAUAUAGAAUGAAAGUUCAAAAUCACAAACUGUUGGGAUGCAUUUGGUAAUGGAAAAUACAGAAUGACUGUAACCAUUACCACCAGUCGGAAUUCUCAGCCACAUUGGGAUUAAAUGCUUUCCUGAGAUUGUGUAGUUCUGGUAAAGACAAUAUGUGACAUGUUGCAAAUUUGGAAUUUAGAACUACCAUCAGAAUUUUGAGACAAAUUGCUCCAAGUGGAUAGAAAAGCAUUUAGUUUCCAGUGAAAAGCUUCUGGGUUGAUUUAAACUGGAAAUUUGAGAGAAUUAAGAAAUCAACUGCUGCCCUCUCCACUGGAGAAAAGAAUCCAUUUUCUCUCAAAGCUAAUAUGAGAAAGCCUGUACAUAGCUGUAGGACUCAUGUUCUUUUUUAAAAGAUGUUGCUGAUAUUCAAGAAAUCAAAUCCCAUUUAUUUUGAGAUGAUCACACAGAGAAGUCAACUAUUUUUUAUACAGUUUUGAUCUUUUUCAACCAAUCAAGGACUUAAUCUAUAUUUACUUUCUAGCUACAUAUAUAGAGGAAAGUCAGUCACUUUGGGAUCUUCAGUCCAAGGCCCCCAUUCUGCUGUUUUUUGUGUGUAAAAUUUCACUUUUAUUAUAGAUGUGCUACUUUCACCAGACUAUGUUAGCAUUCUUUAAUGUAUUUAUGGUUUGUUUGCUGCUGAAGGCGAACAGGGGUCUGACACACUGGAAACUGUAAAUUGUUGAUGGCUUUUGCCAUCGUCUUCUUGUAUCAAUAAAAAUUUCUCUUUUUUUUUCCUA